UAGUUCGUUCUAUUCCAAUCCGUGAGACAGCUCGAUUUUUCAUCUUGUCACUUUUAUUCUAACUAAUAUUUUAAAGCUUGUAUUGUAAAAAAUAAAAAUAUAUAAUUUAAAUAUCAUACUCAUAAGAUAAUAGCAGGUCAAGAGGAUGAUUUGAAAUAAUUAAAUUUAUAACAAUAUACAAGAAAAAGUAUACUAUAAGACAAGAUUACACUUCAGGAGUUCACCAGAUUAGAAUAUGGCUAAAGAAUUGAAAAUCUGUGUCAAUAAGAAAUAACUAAAAAAUACUUUGUAUAAAAUUUACUAAUGUGUAUUAUUAAAAUAAGACUCACAUACUAACACAUUAUUAACACAUUUAAGACACAUUAUUAAAAUAACUCACAUACUAAUGUGAAUUUCUGUUUUUAAGUUUCUGCAGUCAGUAAAGUUUUUUCUUUCUAUUUAUGAUAAUGUAAGUACGAAGGAAACAAAAACCAAACCAGAAAAAUAAAUAAAAACAAAAUUAAUAUACUUUUAAAUAAAAUAAAACGGAAUCUUUUGAUAAUUGCUAAUAUUCAAAAUUCUUCACAAAAUAAUUAACAUAAAUGUUAACUUAAAUUAGUUUAUAAACUAUAGUUGUGUUAGGAUUACAUUUAUUCUUACAAUAGUUUGUUUAAUAAUUAAUAAUUAUUAAACCUCAAGUAAUGUAAUAUUCCAGACAUAAACAUAAAAAUUAACUCAAUAUUAAUUUCAGGGCUUAUACGAGGUAUCUUAUUUUAAUAAUACUGCAAAAUUAGAUAGCACGUCAUUUGCAUAGUAAAAACAGCAAUUUUUCACAAAAAAACAAUUUUUCAGAAAAAAAUUGUAAUUUUUCUGGUUUUUUCCAGCAUAUUGAAUAAAGCGGGUUUUUUUUAACUAUAGCCUGCAUUCAAUUUAUAAUUUUGCCUAAUACAGAUAAUUGUGAAAAUAAUCAUAUGCAAUUAUAAUAUAAUUGCAAUUGUGACUAAAUUAAAUGUAAUUACAAUUACAAUGUAAUUGUAAUGAAAACAAUUGUAACUAAUUGCAUUUAUUAAUCAAUUUGGCCGAAUACUGGAUAAUUUUCGGUUCUUACUUUUUAAAAAGAAAAAAAAAAGGUAGAAAAAGAGAAAGAAAGAGAGAAUGACUCGUCUUUCUCCGAUACGCCCACGCGCUUGCCUUCGUAGUCGCGGGAACGAGAAAGAUCGGAAAGGGCUGAGGGUGGGAGUCAGGGACGGCUGGUGCUAGUUGAGUUGUCGAGCUGACACGCGUUCUCCCUCCUCGUUCCGCCAUCGCCAUACUGGUCGUCUCCCUUUAACUUUUAUCCCACGUAAGCUCCCUCUCUUCUCCCAAUUCUUCCCACCAUUCCCGACUGAUCCGCCUCUCUUUCUAUCCCGCAUCUUCUCAUAAAGUCAUUCCUUUUUCUCAUGACUUUCCUGCUCUCUCUCUCUCUCUCGCGCGAUCUCUUUCUCUCUUUCUUUCAUUCUCUUUUCCCCACCCUUUUCUUACAUCGAAUUUUCCUCUCCAAGUCUUCGUAGCCUCUCUGUCGCACGCCUACCUAAGAACAUACCACAGUCACUGCCACACAUCCGACCUCUCUCCUUCUCGACCAUGCUCCCUCUUGAUGGCCGUGAUGGUAGUGGUAGUGGUGGUAGUGGAAGAGUUUCAGUACCGCCAUACCCGCCAAAGCACAAGCACCGUGACAGAGCCCGCAUGCACGUUUCGACUCGCGCCUCUUUCCCAAAGCAGACAGCUUCGUUACCCUUGCGUUGGAGAUACGGUCUGUCGUUGAAAGAGAAUAUAAUAGUUUGUAUCCCGGACAGGGUACUGUACGACGCGACAGUUGAAAUCUUAUGUCAAAGUGUUACAAUUUUGGGAUAAAAUUUAAGUGUCGCGCGUUACUUGUUGAUCGGCGAGCAGUGUGUUUCAACGCGUUCCGUUUGCCGAGGGUGACGAUUGGGGCGGAUUCGCAAUCGCGAAAACGUAGAAAACGUCGAAAACGUCUAACGCGCGUCGUCAGAAACAGUUUGAUUGUGGUUUGAUGUUGUGGUGCUUUCGAUUUGUGCAAUUAAUGCGACGCCUGACGGCCUUAAUCAUUAAUUGCACGAAUGGUGAUCGAUAGGCAUCGCUUUAUGAAUCCGUCUGCUCGACGACGGGGUCAUUCGUGCGACGAUAAUACGAGUUGUGAUCUGUCGGUGCGUGUUGUCACUCGAUCAAAUGAAUAACCGAUCGAAAGCGGCCCGCGUGAAUUAAUGAACAGUGAGUCACCGUAUUCGGUAGCCAGUGAAAGGAGUCUCUCGUCUGUUAGAUAAUUCGAAUCCGUCGGCGAAUAACUAAAUCCAUCAGAGACGAAAUCGGGAUUGAUCCUAAGGAUUGAAAGUGAUAUUGGAUAUGAUUGUCUGCGAAGAACGUGUGUGUCAUAGUUAAAAAUUCAAUAGUUGAUUCUUCCGGAAGCGCCAAUGGACCUGUCGAUAUCAGAUACGUGAUUAUUGUACUAUUCAAACUCUGACAAUGAGGAUGUAGACGUGGAUGUAGAAGUGCGUCUUAUGAGUCGUUUAUCUCAAUUGAGGGUAAACGAGAGGUAAUUGCGGUGACUCGUUUAUCAGCGAGGUUCUCUUUUUUUUUUUAAAAACAAGUAAACGGCCUCUUUGAAAACGGACUAUGUCCACCAUUGUUGCCGCCCGUCGUUCGUAUCAUCGGUGCCGCAAGCAGGGUGCCAGGACAACGACCACUCUGCCUUGAUCCUGGAAGGGACGGGCGGCGAUUUUCUGGCGCGACAGCUGGCUUUGGCAGCAGCAACAGCCGCAGCGACGGCGGCCGCCAGCAAGAUGCCGGAGAAGGAAGUCGCUUAUCAUCAGGAGACAUUCUCGUUGCUGCAGCCACCGCCACCGCCGCAUCACUCACACUCGGCCUUUCACGCGGCUUUCCAUCCACACCCACAUUCGGCACCCCCGCCGCCGUUUCAUCCGCAUCACGGGCCACCACCGCCGCCGCAUCCGACGCAUCCGGCGGCCGCGGCUUGGGAGCACCACGCGGCAGCGGCCGCAGCGGCCGCGGCCGUAGCCUUCCAUCCACCGCCCCAUCACCCAUUAUCCGGCAGCUCGACGGCAAUUGGAACACCCGGUAACGGUAGCGGGAGUAACGGCGGAAGUGGUAGCGGAGGUGGUGGAGGCAGCGGAGGCGGUGGGGGUGGGACUGCCGGCAACGGGACUUCUGGUGGUGAUUUUCUACGUAGAAGUCAUCCCCUUGCGGAACAUACGGCCCUACAUCCCGCUUACCGGAUCAACUACAUGGACCACCUCUAUCAUCAGAUCCAGGCCUCCACACACAGUCCCAACGCCUCACUACACGGACUGGGUGGUUUGGGGCCCGAAUACCUCUUACACGCGGCAGGUCCUGCCAGCACCCUCGCAUCGUCCGAAUUCCCGUUCUCCAUUGAUGUUUCAGCAUCAUCGCGACUAGGAAGUCCGCGAGCCUCAGCGAUCAGAGCGAGUCGGAAAAGAGCGCUAAGCAGUUCACCGUAUUCGGAUAGAUUCGACAUCGACAGCAUGAUUCGAUUUAGUCCUAACAGCUUGGCUUCUAUCGUGAACGGUUCGCGAAGUAGUAGCGCGAGCGGAAGCUACGGACAUCUCUCCGCUGCAAUGAGUCCGUCAUUAGGCAUGCAUCCUGCUAGCAUGGCUCCACACAUACAGCAGUUACAGGCCCACCUUUUGAGAAGUGCGGCCGCGGCGGUGCUUUUACCUCACACGCAUCCCUUGCAGCCACCCGCACCACCGCCGCCACCACCGCAUCCUCAUUCUCACUCUCAUGCCCACGGACUGUCCCCCCAUUCGCAAUUGUACUCUGGUGUGCCGCCUCAUUCCACCUCGUCGGCGACACUUAGCCCGCACGCUGGAUUACCCCCAAAAAGUGAGAGUGUAGAGUCAUGCAGGAAAGCAUCGGAAUCGUCGACUCGCUCGGUGACAGCCGAGGCCGACACUUCCUCAAAGCGGACCGCCACCAAAGUUAAGAGGGAACCGGCGACAACGACCACCAACGCAACUACCACUACCGUUCCACCAAGUCACCCUCAAGGUCUUAGUCCGAGUGAGGACCUCAGAGAUGAACCUGGUGACUUCAUCGAAACAAAUUGUCAUUGGAGAGAUUGCGGUCUCGAAUUUCCUACACAGGACGAUCUCGUGAAACAUAUCAACAACGAUCACAUACAUGCCAACAAGAAGAGCUUUAUUUGCGGUUGGGAGGAAUGCUCGAGGGAGGAAAAACCCUUCAAGGCUCAGUACAUGUUGGUCGUGCACAUGAGAAGGCAUACGGGUGAAAAACCGCACAAGUGUACAUUUGAGGGUUGUUUCAAAGCCUAUUCGCGAUUGGAGAACCUCAAGACUCAUCUCAGAUCUCAUACCGGCGAGAAACCGUAUACUUGCGAAUAUCCAGGCUGUAGCAAAGCUUUCAGCAACGCGAGCGAUAGAGCAAAACAUCAAAACAGGACACACUCUAGCGAGAAACCGUACAUUUGCAAAGCUCCUGGCUGUACAAAGAGGUACACGGAUCCGUCGUCUCUAAGGAAGCACGUCAAAACCGUCCACGGCGCUGAAUUUUAUGCAAAUAAGAAGCAUAAGGGUGGCGGUAGUGGUGAUGGAGGUGGUAGCGACGAGGCGGGUGCGGGAGGUAAUAGUCCCAGCAGGAGUGAGGAUCUGCCUCCGAAGACACCUAGUCUCUCGAGUCCCAGCGUCAAAUCCGAGAGCGAAGCAAACAGUCCCCCUGGGAUCAUGCAGCAGCAGGGUAGUCCAUUGGUGGUUGGUUGUAAUGACGAGGUCGCGGGAAUGGGUGCUCUUACCAGCGACGGAAUCGCUCUUGCUGAAGAACCGUGGAACGAGGAGCCCGAUGACUUAGAUAUUGCCGAUCUUCCUGUAGCGUUACGUGCCAUGGUCGGCGGUAUGGAAUCGCAGCAGCAAUUGCAAGUGCCGGUACCCACAUCGAGAAAUCGUUUGAAAGGAAGACUGAACGCUAAAGGCAUGCCAAACAUGCCGAGCGUAGGAAAUAUGCGCGGGCUUCGCGGUGUCGCACCUCAGGGUAACAUCGGUGACCUCAAUAAAAGGAUCACUGAUUUGAAAAUGGAAGGCAGUGGUGGCCAAACACGACAGACAAGUCUGUCCGAUCUUCAAUUGAGACUGCAGCCGUUCGGUGAACCGCGAAGGGAUAGCAACAGCACCGUUAGCACUUACUACGGUAGCAUGAGAUCGACAGAUUUCAGUAGUAGAAGGAGCAGUCAGGCGAGUGUCGUCAGAAUGGGCCCGGGACCAGAAAGUUUCUACGAUCCGAUCAGUCCAGGUACAUCUAGACGAAGCAGCCAGAUGAGUACGACUUCUAGCAGAAUCGAUCAGGGUCACCUUCAGGGGCCUUACUCGACAAAUAAUCUCGUUGUUCAAACGCAAAAUAUGUCUCUUCAGAACAUUCAGACGAUGCCGAGCGAUUGGAGUAAUCCGAGUGGUCAUUGUACUCAACCAUCGAACGAUCGACGAAUGUCUGAACCUAUUCGCAGUAACCCAGUCCAAAGGAUUUCUCCUCCGAUCCCACCCAGGCCGAGAUCGGCACAGUUACCUGAGCUUCAGCCUGAGCUUCAUCCCAAUCAGGAGGUGAUUUUGGAUGAGGUGGGCGAAGGUGAAAUGGUGGAGAACAAACUGGUUAUUCCCGACGAAAUGAUGCAAUAUUUAAAUCAGGUUCAAGCGGGCGGAAAUCAAGUCAGUUAUCGUGGCAGUCCCUUACCGAUCUGCCAAUCACCGAUAUGCACAAAUCCGUUGCACUACCAGCGACAGGUGCAGCCCACGUGUAAUUAUAAUCAAUCGCACCAGCAGAACUGCUAUUCCUCUCAGCAAAUUGCACAGCAACCCUGUCCGAACUAUCAGAAUCCUUCGUCUGUGCCUUACGGCCAAUGUCCAAAUUCACGUGCGACUCAACCACCGUUGCAGUAUUGCCCGCCACCAAAUUAUGGGUCUCAAGUCACUGGCGGACAAGUGGCAAGUCCAGCAACUGGACAAGUUAUGUCACCGAGUUCUCACUAUACUUCGACUCACUUAAGCGAUCAGCCGUUGACAUCCCCCGCGGCUGGUGCGCUAGCACCACAGCACGCACCGCAAAACCUGCCUCAAAACUCUGCUCAACUCUCCAGAAAUUGUCCUCAGAGCCACGCACAUCAUACUUACUAUGCGGGUUACAGUUGCGCGAAUCAAAUAAACGCGAAUUGUAAUGGUACCAAUGGCCAAACCAGUGCUCAUCCUAAUCAAACUUGUACAUCAUCCAAUCACACUGUGCAGAUGCGGCUAACGAAUAACUGUCAGCAAUUGUCACCGCAUUGCACUCAGCAAACUGCAACCAUGCCUAAUCCGCCGACUAUUGCUCAUACAAGCGCUCAGUGCAGUCAAUCCUCCAAUCAGUGCACGAGGCCUAUGGUAACAUCCAACGGUCAGAUUCCCAGUGUACACUCUGCUCAACAAUCUUCGGUGACUAAUCAAUGCGGUCCCAUGUCACCUCUUUGUUCUCCAUUGAACCAUGCAAAUCAGAGUAAAUCAAUAAAUACGCUUGCGACAAAUCUUCAAAACUGUCAACAGCAGAUUCAACAAUCGGCCACAACGCCCUGCCUACAGAUCAACAACUGUAUUCAUCCCAGUGGUACGCAUCGUCAGGUCAACGAUGGGGGUGGCGGUUCGAAGAGAACGUCACCACAACUUUGUAACGCUCAACAGACUAACUGUAGAAUACAACAGCAGCAACAAACUUGCACGCAUAAUUGUCAAACACGCACGAAUCCUCCGGCUCAAUAUAACUGUAAUUGCGCAUGGACUUAUGGAAAUCAUUGUUAUCACGAUCAACAGGGUGGACCGCUGCCGGAGAUACAAUGCAGAGAUAUUAGUCAGUCACAACAAGGUUCACCAAUAAAGCCGCCUCAAGGUAUGAGACAAGAUUCCUACCGCAGAACAUUGGAAUACGUUCAACAAUGUAGGAACUGGUCCGUUAACGCUCAAACCCAUGAGACCAACGUCUCCAGCUCGACACAUCCUAUGUCGUUGCCGCAACCUUUACCUGCUAGCGCCAACAUGGUUGUCAAUGAUAUGACAUCUUCUCUUAGCUCUUUACUGGAAGAAAACAGAUAUUUACAAAUGAUUCAGUGACGUAUGUCAAUUAGUUAGACAUACGUUACGACAAUGUCGUAUGUCUAACUAAUUAAUAAGAAACGUCAAUUUAAUUUUAUUGUCAAUCAAUGAAACUGUCGCUUUUAAAUAAUUUUCCACUUGAUUAUUACAGUAAUAAAAUAAGUAAUAUGUUCAACAUAAAAUUUGCUUCACAUAAGUGAAAUUAACAUAAAAUUGAACUUGAAACAUUUGACAAAAUUGAUAGUAACGCGUAACUCCAUUUAGGAGGAACAAUGGAUCCAUAGUUGGCAAAUUUCUGAAUUUAAUGUCAGUCUCCAUCACGUAUAUAUUAAUUUGAAAGAUUGAUUAAAAAGUUAAAGAUUAUAAAUAAAAGAGUAUGACGUGAAACUUAUUUUGGAACAAUAAAUUAUAUUGAUAAAAUUUAAGGUGACAAGUGGACAAAAGCGAUCAACUAGUAGUUGGUAGCUGUCAUUCUUGAUCUUCAUCAUAUAUACUCGUAUAUAUAUAUACUACUGUGUCCAAAAAGUAAGGUGACAUUGCAUUUAUUUCGAAAAUUCUUUAUUUAUUCUUGCAAAUCAAUUUC